AUGCGCGAACAUGGUGUCGCCCUGCAAGCCGAGGUCGCACAACUUCGCGACCGAAGUUCGACACUGGAAUCCUCUGUGUCCCAGUUGCGCCAGUCUCUUCAUGACACGCAGGCACAGACCUUCCGCGUGUACCAAGAGGCUGCGACUGCAAGCAGCCAGCUCCAACAAUCGCCCCCUCCGGGUGUCAAGCCAGUGAAGCUUGAUGUCACCAAAUUCGACUCCGACGCCGGCAAGCUCCUCCGGUGGAUCUUGCAAGUUGAGACCGCGGCUAAUGCGCUGUGCAUCACCCGCGUGUGGCGUUUGCCCUUUCCCACCUCAAGGGUCAGGCGGAAGAUUGGGCGUACUCUAUCCGCCUGA